AUGACUUCUUUAAAGUCUCAGAACGGGACUAUUGCACAACAGCCACAUGUUUAUUCAGUAGAUGAAAAUGUACGAACGUAUGCAGUGAUGAACAAUACUUCGUUGUCAAAUAACGAGGUGGUGCAAGAACAAUCGAUCAUAUACUACAACGCACCAGCGAAUUAUCAACAGAACCAGCAACCAGUGUUAUCUCCAGCAUAUCAAACUAAUGUUAACAACGUUGCUUCUUCCGUUCUAUCAAUGACUAAUUCAACGAUACCAUCAACACUAAUAUCGGAAGCAAUGAAAAGAGGAUGUAUGGAUAUAAGCGGAUCUUCUGAAUCACAUGUACAACUACAGCAACAAGACUAUAAUAACAAUCAACGUAUAUGCAAUAUCAACCGACAGGGGUAUGAGUUAAUGAAUAUUAACCAAAGAACUCAAGUAACAUGA